GCUGGGAUUAAAGGACUGAGCCGCUAUGGCAUCACACUCUGUGUGGGGUUUGUUUGGAUGUUUUUGGUUUAAUUGGUUGGUUUGGGUUUAUGAAACAGCCCUGGCUAUCCUGGUAUUCAAUCUGUAAACUCAAGGGCAGAGAUCUGCUUAUCUCUGACUCUGAGUCCUGGGAUCACUGGCCACUAUACUGGGCAUUUUCCUUUUUGAUACCUAGCAAUUCUUCACAUUUAUCAGAAACAAUGUGACAUUCCAAUAUAAAUAUACAACAUAUAAACAUUAUUUGAUUUCUAGCCCGGAGUUGUGCGUUAUCCCUGUAAUCCCAGCCUUGGAGAGGCUGAGGAAAUAUUGACAUGAGUUCAAGACAAGCCUGGGCUCAAUCAUGUUUCAGGUUAAUCUAGGCUAUAGCAUAUCCCUGCCUCAAAACACAACUAUCUUUAGUUUUGUGUGUUGUGGGGAGGUCAAAGGAAAGCACAGCUUUCAAAGAUUGUUCUCUACUCUCAUAUGGGUUCUGAGAGCCUUGAUAAUCUUAAUAAGCCUUGAUCAAAGUGCUUUUACCCACCCAGUGAGCCAUUUCACAGGCCCUCAACAUAGCUUUUUAAAAUCAUCUCAUGUUCAUGUAAACCGUUUGGAACAUGAGAUAGCCGAUGGUCUUGAACUCCUUGACCCACCUUCCCUGAACUAGAAUUAACAGUUCUUCACCAACACACAGGGUUCCUAUGCAGUUUUGUGUCUCUAUUAUACUAUCAACAAAGAACACAAUGUACUUGAAAAGAAGGAAGUUAUUUCAGAUAUAAUUUUUGAGUUGUUCUGGCUCAGGAGUUAAGAACACUUGUUCUUGCAAAGGACACGUGGGUUUGAUUCCCAGCACCGACAUGGCAGCUCACAGCCAUCUGUAACUCCAUUUCCAGGGGAUGCCCUCUGCUUUCUUUCAUGGGCAGUAGGCACACAUAGUACACAGACAUGUGUGGGAGAACAAAAGAUUUAUACACAUAAAAAAACCAAACCAGACUCUACUACCUGGCACUAGUCACUUCUCUAUGAUUGCUGUUCCAUUUUGCCCGUGAUUCAUUUUUAUCUGCAGUAAUAUAGGUGUGCCUAGUGCAAACCGUGGUAUAGAAGUCCAUCGUGUUUCACAAACACCAGCUCUUAUUGGUUCUAGAGUUUAAGCUCUUGGGUGGCAUAAUCCACUUUUUUUGAGACCAAGUUUUUUCUUUUUAAAAGAACUUUUAAAUUCCAUUUAUGCAUUUGCAUUGCUUAUGUGUGUGAGUGUGAAUGUGUUACAAGCUUGUCACCCCAGGCUGACUGUGGAAAGCAGAGGACAAGCAAGUCGAUUCUCUCCUUCCAUUAUUCUAGUUCCAAAACUGAACUUCGGUUGUCACGAUUGACAUUACCCACUAAGCCAUUUCACUGCGUUGCUCCAUUUUGUUGUCGAGACAGGGUCCUCUGUAUGUAGACUGGAACUCACUAUGUUAACAAGCUGGCCUAAAACUUAGCCACCUCCUGAGUGCUGGGAUUAAAGGUGUGUGCCUUUACCAGUCAGAAUUAGGUAUGGGCGAUGUAUGUGUGCCACAGUACUCAAUUGGAAGGCCAGGGUAUAACUCUGUGAAGAAUCUCUCCUUACACUUUUAUGUGAGUUCUGGGGUUUUAAGUCAGGUUGGAACUGAGCCAAAUCCAUAGCCUGAGACAGACUAUUCUGUUCACACAGGGUUUCUCUGUAGCCCUGGCAUAUCAAACUGUAUGUAGAUCAGGCAGUCCUGGAACUCAGAGAACCUCCUGCUUCUACCUACUAGAAUUAAACCUCCAGGUUAUCUCUAUUUUUUUUUUUUUUUUUAAGGUCGACAAACUCAUUACACCUCCUCCCUUGAAGCUUCAGGAUCAUAAAUUAUGAUGUUCGCGUUUCCAAUACAGUCAGUCACGUUGUUUAAAAUUUAAACUUUCAGCCUUCAUAUAGACCAUUCACUCAUCAAAUGUAGAUAAAACGUCCUGUUCCCAACGCCGAUGAUACAAUGAAAACGCCAGGUUAAAGGGAGGGCUACAGUAAAACUGUUGGGUGAGUGUGAUCAUCUGUUCACUCAAGGACUGGUCUUCUGGAAUACUUUUAAAGUGGUAAGAGUUCCUGGAUUGCGAAUAUCAUAAAGGAAGAUAAUGUCGAGGUCGCAGGAGUAGCUGGAGCUAGGCUGAGGAGGCAGGAACCAUACGAUGUAGUUCGAGAAACAUUAAUGAAGCCCCGAGCAAGAUUUGGUCUUGAAUGCAGGUUUCCAGGAGCCGACGCGGCCUCUGGGCGUAGCAGGAAUUGCUUACUAGCGCUCAGGGUGGGCCCUCGGCUAGUACGGUAUAACGUAGACGGCUUUCUCAAACAGUGAUACAGAACCUCCUUGAGGUUGUUGACCGCCUAACGAAUAGACGAAGGAAGCAUGGGGAGUCAUUCGUGGUGUCCGGCAAGAGCAGAGGCUGGGGCUCAGUCCUGAGAGAGCUGAGGAAAAGGCGGGCAACCUCUACCCGUAGCGGACAACGGGAGUGCUGCGCAUGCGUACGCCCGCUCGCAGCGCCUGUCCGUUGCAGCUCCAGGGUCCAGAAGGGGCGUGGCCGUGUCUCGGCGCCGGAAGAGGGUUGGCUGGGCGGGGCUAGGAGGAGGAGGUGGUAUCUGCGCGCGCGCGCGCGGGUGCGAACGGGAAACGCCGCGAGGGCCAGGCUAGGCCGGGCGGUAGACACGACGGACGGUGACUAUGGCCACGACAGCGGGUGGUGGUCCGGGAGCAGCAGCAGGCGCCGUGGGUGCAGGGGGUGCGGCGGCGGCCUCCGGGUUGGCCGUGUACCGGAGGAAGGACGGGGGCCCGGCCAGCAAGUUUUGGGAGAGCCCGGACACGGUGUCCCAGCUAGAUUCGGUGCGAGUCUGGCUGGGCAAGCACUACAAGAAGUAUGUUCAUGCGGAUGCGCCUACCAAUAAAACACUGGCUGGACUGGUGGUGCAGCUUCUGCAGUUCCAAGAAGAUGCCUUUGGGAAGCAUGUCACCAACCCAGCUUUCACCAAACUACCUGCAAAAUGUUUCAUGGAUUUCAAAGCUGGAGGCACCUUGUGUCACAUUCUUGGGGCUGCUUACAAGUACAAAAAUGAACAGGGCUGGCGCAGAUUUGACCUGCAGAACCCAUCGCGAAUGGACCGUAAUGUUGAGAUGUUCAUGAACAUCGAGAAAACAUUGGUACAGAACAACUGUCUGACUAGACCUAACAUCUACCUCAUUCCAGACAUUGAUUUGAAGUUGGCUAACAAGUUGAAGGAUAUCAUCAAACGGCAUCAGGGGACGUUUACUGAUGAGAAGUCAAAAGCUUCCCACCAUAUUUACCCAUACCCUUCCUCUCAAGAGGACGAGGAGUGGCUGAGGCCAGUGAUGAGGAGAGACAAGCAGGUGCUGGUGCACUGGGGCUUCUACCCUGACAGCUAUGACACAUGGGUCCAUAGUAAUGAUGUUGAUGCUGAAAUUGAAGAUGCACCAAUCCCAGAAAAGCCAUGGAAGGUUCAUGUGAAAUGGAUUUUGGACACUGAUGUUUUCAAUGAAUGGAUGAAUGAAGAGGAUUAUGAAGUGGAUGAGAACAGAAAGCCAGUGAGUUUUCGUCAACGAAUUUCAACAAAGAAUGAAGAGCCAGUCAGAAGUCCAGAAAGGAGAGAGAGGAAAGCAUCCGCCAAUGCUCGCAAGAGGAAGCAUUCCCCUUCUCCUCCUCCUCCUACAGCCACGGAGUCUCGGAAGAAGAGUGGGAAGAAAGGACAAGCUAGUCUCUAUGGGAAGCGUCGAAAUCAGAAGGACGAGGAUGAGCAGGAAGAUCUUACCAAGGACAUGGAAGACCCAACCCCUGUCCCCAACAUAGAGGAAGUGCUUCUCCCGAAGAACGUAAACCCAAAGAAGGACAGUGAAAACACACCAGUUAAAGGAGGCACGGUGGCAGAUCUAGAUGAGCAGGAUGAAGAAGCCGUUACAACAGGAGGAAAGGAAGAUGAAGAUCCCAGCAAAGGUGAUCCAAGUCGUUCAGCUGACGCAGGUGAAGACAAUGUGACAGAACAGACCAAUCACAUCAUUAUUCCCAGCUACGCUUCCUGGUUUGAUUAUAAUUGUAUUCAUGUGAUUGAACGGCGUGCGCUUCCCGAGUUUUUUAAUGGAAAAAACAAAUCCAAGACUCCUGAAAUAUACUUGGCAUAUCGAAAUUUUAUGAUUGAUACAUACCGUCUAAAUCCUCAAGAAUAUUUAACCAGCACUGCUUGUCGGCGAAACCUGACUGGAGAUGUGUGUGCUGUGAUGAGGGUUCAUGCCUUCUUAGAGCAGUGGGGUCUUGUUAACUACCAAGUUGAUCCAGAAAGUCGACCCAUGGCAAUGGGACCUCCUCCCACUCCUCAUUUCAAUGUGUUAGCUGACACACCCUCUGGGCUCGUGCCUCUGCAUCUUCGAUCACCUCAGGUCCCUGCUGCUCAACAGAUGUUAAAUUUUCCUGAGAAGAACAAGGAGAAACCAAUUGAUUUGCAGAACUUUGGUCUUCGAACUGACAUUUACUCCAAGAAAACACUGGCAAAGAGUAAAGGAGCUAGUGCCGGAAGGGAGUGGACAGAACAGGAGACCCUUCUUCUCCUAGAGGCUCUGGAGAUGUACAAGGAUGAUUGGAAUAAAGUCUCGGAACAUGUUGGAAGCCGUACUCAGGAUGAAUGCAUCCUCCACUUUUUGAGGCUUCCCAUUGAGGACCCAUACCUUGAAAAUUCAGAUGCUUCUCUUGGGCCACUAGCUUACCAGCCUGUCCCUUUCAGCCAGUCAGGAAACCCCGUGAUGAGUACUGUUGCCUUUUUAGCAUCCGUGGUUGACCCUCGAGUAGCAUCAGCUGCAGCCAAAGCAGCUUUGGAGGAGUUUUCUCGUGUCCGAGAAGAAGUACCCCUGGAAUUGGUGGAAGCGCAUGUCAAGAAAGUACAGGAAGCUGCAAGAGCCUCUGGGAAGGUGGAUCCUACCUACGGCCUGGAGAGCAGCUGCAUUGCAGGCACCGGGCCCGAUGAGCCGGAGAAGCUUGAAGGGUCUGAAGAAGAGAAGAUGGAAACAGAUCCUGAUGGUCAGCAGCCUGAAAAGGCAGAAAACAAAGGGGAAAAUGAAUCGGAUGAAGGGGAUAAAAUACAAGAUGGAGAGAAUGAGAAAAACAGCGAGAAGGAACGAGAUAGUGACACCAGUGAGGACGUCAAGCCAGAAGAAAAGGAGAAUGAAGAGAACAAAGAGCUCACUGAUACAUGUAAAGAAAGAGAAAGCGAUACCGGGAAGAAGAAAGUGGAGCACGAGAUUUCUGAAGGAAAUGUUGCCACAGCCGCAGCAGCUGCUCUGGCCUCAGCUGCUACCAAAGCCAAGCACCUGGCUGCUGUCGAAGAAAGAAAGAUCAAAUCCCUGGUGGCUCUCCUGGUUGAGACACAGAUGAAGAAGCUAGAGAUCAAACUUCGACAUUUUGAAGAGCUGGAGACUAUUAUGGACAGAGAGAAAGAGGCUCUAGAACAACAGAGACAGCAGUUGCUUACUGAACGUCAGAACUUCCACAUGGAGCAAUUGAAAUAUGCUGAACUGCGUGCUCGGCAGCAGAUGGAGCAGCAGCAGCACGGCCAGCCACCUCAGCAAGCACACCAGCACCCGGGAGGACCGGGGCUGGCCCCACUUGGGGCAGCAGGCCACCCAGGCAUGAUGCCUCAUCAGCAGCCCCCUCCAUACCCCAUGAUGCACCAUCAGAUGCCACCACCCCAUCCUCCCCAACCAGGUCAAAUACCAGGCCCUGGCUCCAUGAUGCCUGGGCAACCUAUGCCAGGUCGCAUGAUUCCCACCGUGGCAGCCAACAUUCACCCUACUGGGAGUGGCCCUACCCCUCCCGGUAUGCCUCCAAUGCCCGGAAACAUCUUAGGACCCCGGGUACCCCUCACAGCACCAAACGGCAUGUCUAGGGUAGACACCGUGGAUAAAGAAAGACCGUGAUGCAGAAGUAACCCAUGAAGGCUCUGAUUACUUAAUGAAGAAACACAAUUAGUAGAGAGAACAAUUAGAGUACAAUAAAAUGGAAAUAUAAUUAAGUUCUUAAAAAAAA